UGGCUCAGAAGGCGGGCGCGCGGCGGGGGGCGGCUCCUCCCCGGGAACAUGGCGGCUUGUGCGGCUGCGAGGCGGGGCUGGCGCCGGCUGGGACCCCCGGAGCUCGUCCCGCUCCUCAGGGGGCUCCACACGCAGAUCUACAGGGGCGGAGCCCCCUCUGCCUGGCUCCAUGGAAACGCCCCGCGUGGGGCUCCCCUGCGCCCCCGACUCACCCUGCGGCCGCCCCCGGCCCGGUGCCAAAGCAGCGCGGCCCAGGUACUGCCCCCCGCGGCUGCUCCGCCCCCAGCCCUGGGGGGCACGGUGCCCGGGGGGGAGCUGGCGGAGGUGCCGGAGCUGGGGCUGGCAGAGCUGGGGCUCGGCUCCUACACGCCCGUGGGGCUGAUCCAGAACCUGCUGGAGUUCCUGCACGCUGACCUGGGGCUGCCCUGGUGGGGCGCCAUUGUGGCCGGCACGGUGGCGGCACGCUGCCUGGUCUUCCCGCUCAUCGUGAAGGGGCAGCGGGAGGCCGCCAAACUGAACAACCACCUGCCCGAGAUCACCCGGCUCACACAGCGCAUGCAGGACGCCAAGCGCUCCGGCAACCAGUUUGAGUUCUCCAAGUUGUAUUCGGAACUGAAUCUGUACCAGAAGGCCCACGACGUCAACCCCGUACGGGGGUUCCUGGUGCCCCUCGUCCAGGCCCCCGUCUUUAUCUCGUUUUUCAUCGCACUGCGGGAGAUGGCCGCCCUGCCCGUGCCCAGCAUGCAGAGCGGCGGCCUGGCGUGGUUCGUGGAUCUGACGGCAGCCGACCCCCUCUACGUCCUGCCCCUCGUCGUCACCGGGACCAUGUGGCUUAUCCUGGAGCUGGGGGCGGAGUCCGGGGUGGACAACCCCAACCUGAAGGUGAUGAAGACGGUUUUCCGGGUGAUGCCGCUGGUGAUCCUGCCGCUGACCAUCAGCUUCCCCACGGCCAUCUUCACCUACUGGCUGACAUCCAACCUGUUCUCCCUGGCGCAGGUCGGGCUCCUGCGGGUCCCGGCCAUCCGCGCCCGGCUCCGCAUCCCCGACCGCGUCCAGCAUGACCCGGCCCUGCUGCCCGCGCGCCAGGGCUUUGUCCAGAGCCUGCGGGCCGGCUGGAAGGACGCCCAGCUGGCCCAGCAGCUGCAGGAGCGCGAGCGGCGGGUCAAGAAUCACCUCGCCCUGGCCGCAAAAGGACCUCUGCGCCAGACCUUCUCCCACAACCCCUUGCAGCAGAAGGAGGGUGGGGCCAGUAGCACCAGCUCCAGCCGCCCAAAGAGGCCCUGGCAGGACACGCUGGGCUGAGACCUGCCCCACAGACAUCGCUGGACCCCCAGGACCUCAGAACCGCCACCAGUGGGCACCCACCUCUCCCCAGUCCGGACUCUGCUCAGGGGGUGGGUCUGAGCCAAUAAAGGACUCAUCACCCA